AUACCAAGAAAAGAAAAUUCGUCUGGCCAACCGCACCUUAAAUACUGCCGGAAUUGUGGCUAUACUCCAUAUCGGUGCAGCUCGUGUGAGAUCGAAUUAAAUUAAAGGGGAACUAAAACUCACAAAAUGGCUGGUUUGCAAGUGUUUGGACAGCCGGCCUCCACAGAUGUUGCGAGGGUGCUGACUUGCCUCUUUGAAAAGAAUCGAAAGUUCGAACUCGUUCGCGCUGAUAAAUUCAAUGGACAACCCAAUGUACCUGAAUUCAUCAAGCUCCAGGAUAUCAGUGGUCAAGUGACAUUUAAGGAUGGGGAUCUCACCCUUACCAAUUCGAGGGCCAUAAUACGUCACGUCGCCACCAAGUACGAAGAUGAGGGGAACAAAGCACUUUACGGAAAAGGAGCACUGGAUAGGGCAUUGAUUGAGCAGUGGCUUCAAUCAGAAGCUCUCAGCUUUGCACGUCCGAGCUCCGCACUGAUCUUUCAUUUGGCUUUUGCUGAGCCGUUGGGCAUACACCCUGACGAAGCCGUGAUAGAACAAAAUGAGAAGAAGCUCUCUGCGAUACUUGACAUUUACAAUAAGCGACUUGGAGACAGCAAAUACUUAGCUGGGGAUAGUUUUACCCUCGCGGAUCUUUCGCACCUCCCGAAUUCUCAUUAUCUUGUUACUCUGUCUAAAAGGGGACAGGAACUUUUCACUGAAAGGAAGAAUGUGGAGAGGUGGUGGAACGCAAUCUCGACUCGCCCCUCAUGGAAGGAGGUUGUCCAAUUGCAGAAUGAGUAUCCUGGUCCGAUCAGGAAAAUAAUUAACCGAGCACCGGCAAUAUAUCCGCUCUGAUGGCUUUGCUGCUAUCUGUCGUUUUUGCUUCUCUGUGUCAUGUGGUGUGUUUGUUGUUUCUGUCUGCUUGUUACUCGUCGAGUACUUCCUCUUUGGCAUUACAAAAGGUGUGAGGAGUUUCUCUAAUAAAUAAUCGAGAAGCAUUUCUAUGUAUUCUGUGAAUCCCAGUUCGUGAAGUUUGUAUUCUGUGAAAUAUAGUUCCUAAAGUUGAAUAAUAAUCCGAAGAUGUUUGCUAUCUUAUCUAAAUGAAAA